UUUACCAUGUAAUGCAUUGUGUUUCAUUUCUUUUUCAGUGCAGUACUAGCAAGAUCAGUAUUUACAAAAUAUAUGACAAUUUUGAUUGAGUUGGCUAUUUAUUUCACCGAGGUGUCUAUUUUUCCCAGGUCGUGUGCUUAAGUUGUCAACGAUGGCUACUUCCUUCAAGCAGGCUGUCAACAAGAACCUCGAGUGUCCUAUCUGUCUGAGCUUCUUCAAGGACCCCAAGAACCUGACCUGCUCUCAUACCUUCUGCAAGGGUUGUCUUGAGACUCUCCUGGAGACUCGUGGAAAGCUAUUGUGUCCUACGUGCAGGGAGGAGACGUUGGUUCCUGGUGGAGAUGUGGGUAGACUGCAGCCAAACAUAACAGUCAGAUCACUUGUUGAAGAUGUGGAGACCCAGUGCUAUUCUAACGGUAAUCAAGAAGACAAAUCAUUGCAAAGAAAUGGGAACAAAUGUCAAAAACAUCCGAAAAACGAUGAAGAUUUUUUUUGUCGCAACUGUAACAAGUAUGUCUGCAGCAUGUGUGGCUUAUUAGAGCAUGCAAUUAAAGAUGCUCACACCAUCCUGGAAGCAGGCGCACAUGAUCCUGAUCAAAAGAAUCACGUCGAGGAACUUGCAGCUAAAGCGGAUGCAAAAAUAUACGACGUUGACAAGUUUGUUACAUCAGUUGUAAACCAGCGUAAAACGGUGCAUAACGUACAGGAACAACUUAACGAUGAAAUAGAUGCGACUUUUGCAAAAUCAGUUCAGGUAUUGAAGGAAAGAAAGACGGUGUUGAAAAAUGAAGUUAAGCACGGCCUGCUAGGGAAACUUGAGACUUCAUUGGGAGACAUGGAGGAGUCUGGUCGUAAGCAGAUAGACCAAAUUAAGAAAGUUCUGGACUUGGUUAGGAGUGGUCUUAAUUUUCCUCUCCUGACAGAGGCUCUGACCUCACAUAAAGCGAAUUGUCAACAGCUGGAAGAUCUUCUAAGCCGGAUUGGCCUAAAUGAGGAGCUGCCCAGGAGAAUUGCUAAGGAAGGUGAAGUUUGCUUCAGGAGUCAGGGAUCGGAUGGACUCCAGUUGGGCCAGCUAAGUCAUCUUGAGUCCAAAUGGGUUCUGCGCACGGAAUGUCAGCUGCCUGUUAACAAUAAUAUGAGCGGGAUGGUAAUAUCACCAAACAAUGAGAUGGCUGUUGGUUGCCAGAAGGGAGGAAUAUUCAUAUAUUCCGUUGAGGGCAUCAUACAAGAUACCGUUCUGAAAUCUGUUCAAAUUGUGGCAUUAGACUUCAUGCCUGAUGGUGGAUAUGUCAUACGCGACAGUAAUAACAGAAUUUCCAUGUACACAGAGCAUUGUGAAAAGCUUGAUGUGACGUUGGAGACAAUGGUUGAUUCGGGAAAUGUGUCUUCCGGUCUCACUGUAGGCAACGAUGGACUGAUCUUCAUAGGUUACAGUGCAUGGAGGAAAAUACAGGUAUUUAAGCCAGAAGGUGGGAAGGCAAUUAGAGAGAUUAAGUGUAACGGUUAUGAACCAAGGCAGAUUGUUGCGAUGACAUCCAGUCAAGCGAUUCUCGUUAAGAGUUAUUGGAAUAUGGUACAAGUGAUCAAUGAUGUGUCUGGUGCUAUCAUCCAUAGCAUCAGCAAGGAUGGUGAAAACGCUUACCCUGCUGUGUAUCAGGAUAAUUCAGUUAUCAUUGCAUGGGUUAGGCACGGCCAGAGUCUGCUGAGCAUUGUUCAGUACACAAAAGAGCUCAAAUACAUCAAAAACAUUCUCACUGAUUUCAAGAUAAUCAGACCAAUUCGAGCUUGGUACUAUUUACAAGCAUUCAAGAAGGGAGAGAUUGCUUUCUGCACUUCCCAUAGGUUUUACAUCUUCCAUGAGACAUGGGAGUAAAUUUCAGUUUUGAAUUCGAAACUUGGAAUUUAACAAACAAUACAAAAACUAAACAUUUAAGA